AUGAAAUCACAAAUACAUUUUUAUUAAAGACCAUAAAGUCAUAAUCCUGAGUCAAAGAAAUAAGAGCAUAGUAAUUAAAUUUAAAAUGAAAAAUUUUUAAGUUCUAUUAUAAAACUUCAAAAUUAAAUAGAAGAGCUGAAACAUAAUUAACAAAUUGUAUCAGAAAGUCUGACGAAUAAUUUAACUAAUAUCAAUAAUAAAAUAAAUACAAUGGAAUCCUUAAUCAAUGAAUUAUCUUGCCAACCUUAAAGUCCUUUAAUUGAUUAUCUUAAACAAAGUAAUGCCAUGCUUAAGUAAUAAACCUAAAACAAAAUAAAUAUGAGUACUUCUUCAACUGCUGGUUUAUUUUUGGAGUAACAAAAGAACCUAGAAUAAAAAUUAUCUUCGAUGAGGGUUUGGAGUCACUAAUAAAUUUAACCUGAUAAUAAACUAAUGAAUAGACUAGUUCCAAGUAGCAAGAGCGAUCAAAAUAAUUAAUAAAAAUAAAAUAAUCAGGGUAUAAUCAAAAAUUUUAAAAAAUUGAAUUAAUGUGUUUUAUGUAAAGAAAAAGAUUAUUAAUUAAUUGAAACUCCAUGCAAUCAUUUUUUUCAUAAAAAAUGCUUGCAAUAUUUAUUUGAUUAAUAACUAAUGGAUUAUGAACAUAAAAAAUAAUUUAAAUGCAUCUGUAAGUAAGAAUUACAUUCAAGAUUAUUUAUAAGACAUUUAUAAAUUGAUAGUGAAAUGUUGUUCAAAAAAUAAAUAAAUAUUAUUUACCAAAAAAAUAAGAAUAAAAUAAAUUAAUGUUUAAAUUGUAAUAUAAUUUGGAUAUAUGAUAUUUUUUAAAAAACUAAUGAACGUUGUUUCAAAUGUGGAAAAGUUUAGAUGUUGUGA